UGAUUGAACGCCUACCUGCCAGAUAGUGAUCCUCGGGGAGGUUUGUUCAAGAGAAAUCCGUCCGGUUGGUAUUGUGUUAUAGAACCUCGUCAUUAUCGUUUACGCUUCGUCUCGUCAGUCCACUUCCACUCGACAGUGACUCCUCGAUCCCUACUAAUUCCCAAGUCAACUUAAAGUACAUUUACUUCGAUCAUCGUCUGCCGGUGCAUUGCUCAGCACUACUUGAAACAUGACGAAACACGAGUUUGAGGUGGCCAUGACGUGUGAGGGGUGCUCCGGAGCCGUCACUCGCAUCCUCAACAAACUGGGAGACGAGGUGAAGUUUGAGAUCGAUCUUCCAAAGAGAUUGGUCUGGAUUGAGUCUGAGAAGGAUCUGGACUUCCUGACCGACACGCUGAAGAAAUGUGGAAAGGAGGUCAAAUAUAACGGCACUAAAUGAAUUGCUGACUUCUGCAACAGAGGAUAACUGCUGAAGUGAUGGUGGUUCAGUCUUCUUGUCACAUGACCCAGGAGGCAUUCAUCAAUAGUCCUAAUAUUCAAGUAGGAUCUUAACCAAACUAAUCCCACCGAUUUGAAUUGGCACUUGUAGCGGUUUUAUUGUACAAAAACCAGCCUUAUCUCUUUCAACAAAGCACGAGAAGACGCUAAUAUUAAAAAUAUAUCUUACUCUUGAUCACUGCGGCUAUACAUGGUUAACAGAGAUAUAGUUUCAUGAUCAUAAAUAAUCUCUGGUAGAAAAUGUGGUAGAGUUAAAACGUUUCAAAUAAUAUGUCUUGUUAAACAUUUGUAAAAAAAACUCUCCAAACAUUCUACGAAACGGCUCAACUUUAGUUUCAUCAUUAUUAAAUUGAUUAAAUCCCCUCUCCCAACAUGCCUCAAACCUCAUGCCUCCGAUUUGUCCCAAUCACGUGAUUUAUCAAAUAUCUCUUUUACAACGGCUCCUUCUGCCAUGUCUAGUUGUUUACAUGUUAACACUUUAAAGUAAUUAUUAAGGAUCAAUUGAAAUCCGGGGGACUUCACCGAGCAAUCAAUGUGAAUUCAAAUGAAGGAAUCGAUGGGCUUUGGGUGCAAGUUGGUUCCAAAUGAUGUUCUAGAAAUUGGCCCUGCUAUGCCCUGUUUAAAGGUCUUGGGGCCGGGGGCCUCUAUGACCUGCUCUGUCUGAACAAUAGCAGCUGUACUUAAACUACGCACAACAGAAAAGCAAGAUUAUAACCAACUGAUAACUUGUUCUUUCAGUACAACCUGAAGCUAUUCAUGUAAUAAGCUUUUGUUGUCUUUUGGUAAUCAGUUGGUAAACAAUCAUCACUCACAAUAUUGAUAUUGUGUUUUAUGUAUGUUUUAUGUGUCUGUUGCUAGGAAUGUGGAUUAUACACAGGGAAAAUAAAAACAUUGAAGCUGUUUAAACAA